UCAUGCUGCUGCCAGGUCCAGAGUGUCUCAUGGGUCCCUGUACGGCCUCCCAUUGCUGCUGUCUCCAUCGCCACACUCUGCCAUGUGCCACUUUCAGGUCUCCUCACACUGCUGGUGGGUUCCAUUUUGUCAUAGGGUGCUGGCAGAUUACGGGCCUCCCAUUGCUGCUGCCAGGCCCGUAAUCUGCCAUGGGCCCCCGUACCGACUCCUCAUGCUGCUGCCAGGUCCAGAGUGUGUCAUGGGUCCCUGUACGGCCUCCCAUUGCUGCUGUCUCCAUCGCCACACUCUGCCAUGUGCCACUUUCAGGUCUCCUCACACUGCUGGUGGGUUCCAUUUUUUCAUAGGGUGCUGUAUGGCCUCCCAUUGCUGCUGCCUCCACCGCCACACUGUGGCUCCACACUCUGGUUUUGGCCCCGUGACUGCCCAAAUGAGUGAAGUGUGCGGUGAUUCUAAGAUCGACGGCACUCAUCUGCAUGUCAUACUG